UGUGAGAAACUGCACUUUACACUAUACUGAACUGAAGAAAGACAACAUUCACAUCCGACAACGGGGGAGAUGGACAUGAAACAUCUAACUUGUUAAUUUAAUUUAAGACGGUUUGUUGUAUAAGGAGAUAUAGUAAGAACAAACUACACAUGGUGGGAAUGGGAAGAAUUCUGGGGUCUCUGCUGCCAGCGGCUCUACUGAUUGGCUCAGCCCUCUGUAUGGGCGCGGUCAGUCUAACCCUAAGCCACACCUCUAGGGUCAGAGUUCACAAAGGGAGGAACCUCACACUGACCUGCAUGAACGCAACACAUGCAGGAGUGGUCCAGUACUGGCACACCCCUUUCGGUCGGGUCCAGAACAGCAGUCUUCAUGCCAGCCAGAAGGAUGUGGUUGCUAUGCAACGAGAUGGUAGCCUGCGGAUCCACAUUGCUUCUCCUCACCACAGCGGGCUGUACUACUGCCUCCUACUGGCUGGAGGACAAACUACACUCACACCCUACCUGCUGACUGCCAGCAGUCCACAGGACCAUGCAGUCGAACACAGGCGGGUGGUCAGGAGUAUGCUGGGUGGUCAUGGAGAGGAGAGGGAUGUUGCCGUAGUUUCUGACGGUGUGUUUGCGGCGGCGGUGGCGGCAUCAGUAGUGGUGACGUUCCUGGUGGGGUUCAGCUCUGGAGCUUUGAGCAGGACACUACUGGACAGGACAGGAACGUCGUAACCAUGGUGAAACAGUCAGCGUGGCAUUCCGGAAGGAUGUGGAACAAGAGAAUGAGGAUUACUCUGCCUCGACGACAAGCGUUACCAUGGAGAAUGUAAGCCCAUCUCCACCAGCCAAACCUCAGAGAAGCUUCAGGGGCAAACAUCAUGAAGAGACUGCUUACAUGGAGGGCUGCCACCAGGGGAGAGGAGAGGAAGGGAGGGAGAGGGGAGGAGAAGAGGGG